UUUACAGUGAACAGUCGUCGGCCCAAAAGGCAUGGCGCAAUGUGAGCCUGAUGCACGGGCCUCGGUGGACGUGACCGCGACACGCGUGGAAGACUUCGCCAGCUUCGAUACGGUCGAUACGAUCCGCAAUGGCAAGGACGACGGCAUUCGCAAGAGUAGUCGCGUCCAUCCGUUCGAACAAUCGCAAGACGAGGUCGAAGUUGUACAACGACGCCUUUCGUUCACAGGUCGUGGCUCGAAGCUGACGUUUCCCGUCACGAAGAACACCACUGCGAGCCAAAGUGACGCCGAUCGAUUUGACGACUUGUCGUCCAUGACGAUGGCAGAGUCGGUGGAAACGGCGGGUGGGGUGGCGUACCUGUUGAUCACUUUGGUGCUGAGUAUGUACUACCUCAAGAUGCUCGCGCCGGUCAUGACCAACGACCUGUGGUGGGCUGACUUUAAUGCAUCCGGCGCGCACUCGUACUUGAUUGAUGUGUUCAAUUCCAACCUGAACCUCAACGUGAACCACACGGCCAAACACCUGGACGUGACUGCCGGGGGGUUCUCCAAGGACUACUCGGCAUUCUACACCCCCAUCCGCAUCUCACCGCUGUACGAACGUAUCGUGCGAGCCGACCAAGCGACGAAUCUCACGGCCACGAUUAUCGCGUUGCAGGAAUACCCUCGACCUGAAUCGGCAUGGACGCAGUAUUGCUGGGUCGACUUCAAUCGAACGUGGGAGGUCGCGCACACGGCCAAGCGGCAGACUCGAUGUGGUCGUCGGUACACAGCCAACGCGGCCAUGUAUUGGGAAACGAUCUUUCGACUCAUCAACUGGAACAAGUACAUGACCAAGUACGCGUCCAAGUUUAAGUUCGCCAUGGGGCGUAUGUUGAACUCCACUGAGGAGGGCAAGCACUGGUUGAAGCAAACGGCCGAUGCAUUUGUCAGCGUCGACACCGAAGUGGCCGUGUGGAAGGCGGCGGGGUUGACUACGUACCAGUGGCAAUGGGCCAACCACGUUACAUGGGGGGUCAAGGAAUCGGUGGACGUGAUCAACGCGUUUGGAGCGACACAGUCUCUGUCAAUCAAGCAAGUGGCGACAGAGCGUAAAGGCUCUUGGACCACGAUGGUGCUGUCGUGGGGGCCGUGGAACGACUACAUGUUUGGCCUUCCGUUCAUUCGGAGCGAUCCACGGCACGCCCGCUUCAUGGAACCUUGUAGUUAUGACGACUUCUUGCUCGACCCUGGCAACUACACGUGCGACCCGUGUGACCCAGUGUUCAACCCUGACGAGUACAUGUCCUGUUCGUACAACUGUGAGACGGUACUGGACGUAGGGGGGACCCCAGGGUUUGGGCUCACACAUAACCACGUUGGACCAUUUGGGUCGAUCGAUGCACUCUUUGUGCCCGCGCCGCCGUCGCUCUUGGUCUUGUCGAGUUCGUUUACGUUGGCCAUCACGACGUGGAUGCAAACUCAAGACGCCUUCAACGCCGCCAUGACUACCAUUCCGUCGCUGACAGUCGACCCGGUGCCAAUGAAAUGGCAGUCGACAGAGAACGGAACCUUUACGUACAUGGGGGGCGACAUUACUUGUCCGACCAGAGAGCCCAAGCCGUACGUGCAGUCGUCGUUUUCGUUCGACGUGUCGUGCACCAACCAAGAGCGUCACAAGAUGCUAUUGCACCCGAGAAAUGCACUGUUUGCAUAUCUCAUCUCUUCCAAACUACCCAUUGGAGCUCUCAAGAGUAUACCCGACAGUGCCAUCAUCGCGGAGUGGUGUGGUGCAGUGUGCCCCACGUUGGCGUCGUCAUGCGCACAAGUACUUGGAGCUGUGGUGAAUGCGUCGAAGCAACUCCCGACAACGACCACCGUGGCCUUAACAACUCUGGCUCGACGCGCCCAGUCAGACGUGACUGCAUUGCAGGUCAAGACCAUCCAAUACGCAAAGUACACUUCCACGGCGACCGACCAUGAGGAUGGAUCAUCGCCAACUGAUGUCUGGCUAGAGCAGUUGGUGCUCAGUGACGACGACAAGUGGGACUUUUUCGGGUGGGUAUACAUGUUCGAGUGGGCCGAAGCGUCUCGGGAAGUGGUGUCGUUUGAAGGCGACAAUGGGAUAUUCGCCCUCGUGUCGGACAAGUCGCCCCCCCUAAUCAACGAAGCGCAGUACUUGGAGGUUCCAAAGACUGCGUGUCAGUAUGUGUGGGUCGUCUCGGCCAUCGUGAGUGUCAUCCUCGUGAUUGUGGGCUUCGUCAUAACCACAUAUACAGCGCUGCUGCGUGGCCGCAUCGUCGGUCGCAACUUGUUUCAGUUCAAUCGCAUUGUCGGGGCGGUAUGGAUCGGCCGGCCAUUCCUCAUGAUCCGCGGGAUGACUGCCAUCGUACUGCUCAGCACUGCCCCCAUCCGAUUCAUGUCGCAAAAACGCAUCACGUCGUUCGAGUUUCACCCCCGAACGCUGCUGGAGUCGAUGCUCGUGUCGGGGGAAGCCAUGUGGAUUACUUAUAUAUUCAAUGACUUUCUGCUGCCUCUGACACGGAACGCACAAUCCAACUUUGCCCCCCUCAGCGCCGGGCUUAGCUGGCUCGUGUACGUCUGUUGGGACAUGAGUGCACCCCCAGCACUCUACGCUACCCUCGACCGCAACUGCGAUAUAAACUAUUUCCGGUCGACGGUCGUCUGCCACAGUGGGGCGGUGCAGCUAGGCGACGCCCAAAGAGCCAUGACGUUGUUAUUAAUUCAAUUGGUCAGCAUUGUCAUGUCGUUUGGAGCGGUGUGGGUGUGGCAGUGUGUGAACAGACACCCCCCCGCGCCGACAUUCUGCGGCCACUUGCUCUUGUCUGGCACGGCCACCGCCUUCUUGCGCAAGGACAUUGUGCUCAAUGGAGCGUUGCUGAUCGAUCGGGCGUCGUGUGUCAUGUGUGGACUGCUCACGUUUCGACAGUACAUUUUCGACUUGAAACUGUGGCUGCUGACCACCCAACAACAAAUACCGACGGGUGAACCUUCUGCAAGUGCAAAACCCCGAGUGUUCAAGUGGAACAUGCCAGUGUUUCUUGCCCCAUACUUGAGAUCUGGACUCGUGACUUCCCCCUCAACAUCCCCCCCCUCUCCAAAAGACCAUCGCCCCCAACGCCCCAAGCGUGUGGCCACCCUCAUAGGCCUUGGCUACAUGUGUGCCACUGUCUUUGGUAGCGUCACGUACUUGUCCCUCACCAAGACCAGCAUGGCGAACGACUUUUGGUGGGCUAACUACAACGCGUCCCGGGAGCACGUGUUCAUUGCUCGAAUGUACAACCGCGAGAUGGUGCUGCGCCCCGAGGCCAAUUCAAUUGCCCUCGACGACCACAUCUUCGUCGACGAUACCAACUACAGCUCCGUGUUGGACACUGCCGUGGGGGUAUUCAUGCCGCCAUUGUACGUGUCGCAAAUAAAACUUGCAGACGCGACCAAGUUGGCGGUGGUGGUCCGGGGCCUUCGACACAUGGAUGCGUGCCUGGCGCCGUGGAUUGCUACGCAGUACUGCUGGCUCGAUUUCCAACAACGGUGGGAAAUGGCCAACUCUGUGGCCCGCCAAGCGCGGUGUGCCUCGAAGUAUGCAACGAAUGGGGCUGUGUACUUGGAGGCGGUGCUUCGCAAUGUGCAGUGGGCGACGCUCCAGUCGUGUUGGGGAAGGUCCUUGGAGAUUGCGAUUGCGGCCCCUCUGCGAUCGACUUCGGAUGGGUCGACUUGGUGGGCGUCGCUAGAAUCGACGGUGACUUCUGAAUUAGACGAAGUGGCGGUAUGGCACUCGCACAACAUUUCAACCUUUGACACGGACUGGCAAGACUACAAGUCGAUUGGGAUCAUCGACACGUACAACGUCCAAAACGCGUUUGGGUUUUCGUACCCCAUGACCCUCAAGCACACGAACGGGUCUCUUCAAUUGGGCGCCCAAUCCAGCAUGAAAAUGUACUGGGCGUUUGCGAGUGACUUAUGGGCUGUGACAGACCCGUCCACGUUCAUCUUUGGCAAGAGUUUGGUGCGACAAACAGGGCAAUUUGCCUUUGCGAACGUCUCGAUGGAGUCGGUGUUGCUUCAAAACGGCACGGUCGCACAGGUCGAGUCGGGUGCAUUUGCCACCUUCCGCGACACCAUCGGGCCGUUCGGGUCUGUAGACGUCAAGCACGUGGCAGUCCCCCCGUCCGUAGUGCGGUUUGUGCUGCACGUCACGGACACAUUGACGCUGUUGCGGACGAAAUCCCUGUCUUUGUCGGUGCAUUACUCUGCGUUGGACGACCAAGGCCAGUUCGCGUACAUUCCUGCGCCGUGGCUCGAAAGCGGCCAAGUGUAUGGCGUCGGAGGCAACAUCAUGUGUCCGGAUAGCACGAAAUGGGUCCUCGAGGAUGGGCUUUGGAUUCUCAGUGGUGCGGCUUGCAGUGCUGAGGUCGGCGAGUUCAUCUCCCCCACGACAUUCAGUCGCCUCGCAGCAGUUAUCGCGUUGAAUAUGGUCGUCCCGUCCGUGAACAACACACAUGAAGGAAUGGCGCUGUGCUCAAACGUGAUGGGGAUGUCUUUGCGCGCGUGUCAAUCACUGAUGCUCGAUCGCCCUUUAAGCUUUCUCAAGAAUUCAUCCUACUUUGGCGACAAUGAGGCGUGGUUCUCGACCAUGGCUGCGCUAGCCGCCACCGCGCAAGCUGACGUUCGCAACGUGGCUGCAGAAGUGUUUCAAUAUGGGACGGUCGGGUCUACCUCGUCGAAUGUGACGUUCCUUCGACACAUCCUGUUUGACGAGUCGCUGCCAGGGUUCCACCUUCUCUCGUGGUACUUGGUGGUUGAGUGGUGUCUAGCCCAACGCGAAGUGAUUUCGCUGCAAGGCGACCGCGGAACGAUCAACCUACUGACGUACCACUCGGCCGACGUCGGUAGUUUGGUGAAUCCCCUUGAACUGCCCGUGAACGUGGCGUUGUACAUUCGUUACGCGUGUCUGUACGUGACCAGCGCCAUCAUUUGCGUGGCGUUCUUGUCCACGUUGUACCUUCUGGCCAAUCGGGGGUAUAUGGAGGGCCUCAACAUGCUCGAGCUCAAUCGGGUGGCCGGCGUCGUGUGGGUGGGCCGCACGCUGCUGUUUGUAAGAGGACUGGCGGCGAUUUCUCUGCUGAGCACCCAAGUUCUCACGCUCACGCCCGUGGGGGACCAGUGGGGGUUUCGUGAUCCCAGGGUGAUCGUAGACGAAACGGCCACCGACCAAGCCAUGCGCUUCUUCAAAACGUUCCUCGCCGCGGGGGAAGUGUCCUGGCUUGGCUUUGUCCUUAGCGACAUGCUGAUUGUCAUGACGCAGCAGUACACGACUGCGUACGUGUUCAAGUGCAAUUUCAUGGUGUGGGGUGCCUCUGCUCUCCUGUCGUGGAUCAUUCCUGCUACCCAUACCGCCACCAUGACAAGACAGUGUGAAAUGCCGCAAGUGGACUUUCAAUUGGUGUGCACUAGCGGCACGAUUGCCAUUGGUAGUUUUGGGCGGUUUGUGACCCUCAUUGGGGUGUGCGUCGGGUCCAUCGCCAUUUGCUAUGUGUACGAACGGUUACGUCAUCCUCACUUGGGAGCGCAAGGCCAGACAUCGUACUUCUUGUCGGCGUCGGCCAAGUACGUGUUUGAACCCAAACACUGGACCGAAGACAAAGUGUACUACAUCGACCCAGCGUCCGCUGUGAUCAACGGCAUGUUGUCCAUUCAAGUGAAGAAUACGUUUUACAUUUUCGACCUCAAGAUCUGGCGCUUCUUUGUCAUCGACGAACCUCACUUGAAACGCAAGCGAUUGCACGACGAAGGCGCGUUCCACUUGCUUCAGGCGAUUCCUCUCACAGAUUAACAAUACGUGAAUAUAAAUAGAUAUACUGAAUAGAUUUCCCAUAAGUUUACACCAAAGCCGUCUUGGUUUAAAG